CCACAACUUGUCACAACAGCAGGUUAGCUGAGCUGUUUACAAGCCUGUAAUAAUAUCAGCAUAAUUCCUUCUCAAAAUGAUCCAAUGCUGCACACUGAUCCCACACUUUGUUAUCCAUUUGAAUAGUCAGAUAAGUUGAGUAUUUAGUAUACAGCCAAGCUAACUGCUCUGUGAGGCUUUAUUAGACAAAUGAGAAAAACACUACAUAUCUCUUCCCAUAACUUAGUCCUGAAAUGUAUUAUUCAUGAUCUAUAGCAAAAACUCAAAUCACAUCCAUAAACCUAUCUUCUAUGUCCUUGCCUCCAUAUGUAUCUGCUAUGUUAUGGGAGUUUUAAAGUCAUCCAGACUGAUAAUACCACAGGAGGACGUACUGACACAUCUUUGCUGAUGGACAUUCAUUGAUCGACCCUGUGCCAUUUUUUAGGCCAAACAUUAGCUCUGCUUUUCUCUCUCUUCUCUUUUUGUUCUGUUGUGUUGGGUCCAGUUGGUCUUUUUUUAGCCAUGAACAAAGCCACUCAGGCCGUGGUGACAGGCUGCUACGUUGACAGGCCACAGUCUCUGAGCUCACAUGCUUUUUGUGGCUCUGUCUAUAAGAGAGGUGCCUCCCAAAAAAAGAUGCUGCAUCAUGGAGCCCACACUUUGGUACGUUCCCUUCUGAUCCCUCUCUUAAGGCCUAAACAGCAGCUGGGGAGAUUAGAGAGGAGAGGACACCGACACACACACAUAGACCCUUCCUCACAGCAACAAGGCCGGCCAGGAUAAAUCCGGUUCAGACUGGAAUGGGCUCUCAUCAGAAGCACCUUUGACUGGAUCCAGUAUGUCCAAACACCUUCAGCCGACAAAGGAUCACCUCGACUGGACUCUGAAUUUUUAAUCACCUCUUAUGUACGCGGAUCUGCAGCAACCUCACAUUGGAACUUGUCUUUUGUUGGGACCUCUAUUCCCACACAGCUUCAUUUUGGGGUCCAGACUGAAUCUCGUGCAACUCAAGAACUGGUCCUUCUGGUGGUAGUUUAGACUCACUUUAGACACUGACUGGUCUGUACUAAUCUUGCCAUGAGCUGUUUUGGGUACCGUCGAGAGCUGAGCAAGUACGAAGAUGUUGACGAGGACGAGCUUUUGGCUUCCCUCAGCCCUGAAGAGCUGGCUGAGUUGGAAAAGGAGCUGGCGGACAUUGAUCCUGACGACAACGUGCCCAUAGGACUCAGACAGAGAGACCAGACGGACAAGACCCCGACGGGUACUUUCAGCAGAGAGGCCCUCAUGAAGUAUUGGGAAAACGAGACGCGUAGACUGUUGGAGGAUGAGAUAGGUGGAGGGAGCCCAAAACUGGAUGAAGAACAAGAGGAGUGUGUGACAGAAGAAAACAGCGGAGCAGAGGAUGAAAAAGAUGUUGAAAAUGAGAAAGAACCAAAGUAUGAAGAACAAAAGGAGAAUGAAGAAGAAGAGGAGGAGGAGGAUGAAGAGGAGGAGGAGAGUGAGGAAGAGGAGGAAGCUGAAACAGAGGAGGAGGAAAAUGAGGAGGAACAAGAUAAUCAAUUAAAACCUGAACCAUCAACGAAUUCUGGGGUGCUGACGUCAACAGCCGACACCCCGAUGCUACUGAAGCCGCAGAGGGUGGACCCUAUGAGACUGACUCCUCCCCCUCCACCUGCUGAUCCAAACGUGACCGGAAACCCAACCGUUGUAGAUGAAGCUCUCCAGCGAGCUCUUCGCAACGACCCUGAACUCACAGAAGUUAAUCUCAACAACAUUGAUGAUAUCUCACAGGAAACCCUCAUCCGAUUUUCUGAAGCAUUGAGGUCCAACACACACGUGCGGGUCUUCAGCCUUGCAAACACCCGAGCCGAUGACCCUGUGGCUCUGGCCAUUUCUAAGAUGCUGAGGGAGAACUCGUCCAUCACCAGUGUGAAUAUAGAGUCCAACUAUGUGACUGGAAAAGGCGUGAUGGCGCUGGUUCAAGCACUUCCAGGAAACAACACCCUGACUGAGCUUCGGUUCCACAACCAGAGACACAUGUGUGGAGGACAGGUAGAGAUGGAGAUGGUGAAGAUUCUGAGGGAAAACUACACCUUGAUCAAGCUGGGCUACCAGUUCAACCUGCCUGGUCCCAGGAUGAGCAUGACGGGGAUCCUCACCAGAAACCAGGACCGCCAGAGACAGAAACGGCUGCAGGAGCAGAGGCAGCAGGGCCAACAGGGGGGCUCAGAGGGAGCUGUUAACCCCAGAACCACUGCACUGAAAGGAACUCCUCGUUCAUCACCUUACAGCUCACCCAGAGGCUCCCCUUGGUCCUCACCCAAACUCCCCCGGAGUGACCUGGCUAAAAAACAGACUCCUCCUGCUCCACCUCCUCCUCCACCUCCACCGCCUCCUCCUCCCCUACCACCUCCCCCACCUCCUCUUCCGCAGCGGGAGAAGAAGCCCACUAGGAUGAUUGCGGAGGUCAUCAAGGCACACGAGGCGGGCAGCAAGACGGUGAGAAAGACAAAAGGUAAGAAGAGCAAGAAGGGGAAGGAGAAGGAGUUGGGAAAGGAUGAGACAAGUAGCAUCCUGAAGGAGCUCAAAAAUGCACUGAGGCCCACGUCGGUGGAUAGGAGAGGGGAGGAGGGCAGCAGGCCGUCCACACCAUUGAGGUCAGCCCACGACCAGCUGAUGGAGUCCAUCCGCAACAGCAGCAUCCGCUGCUUGAAACGGGUGGAAGUCCCACAUCAUCUACGAUAAUACAAGCAGAAAUAAAAAAGGUCUAUCCGUUGCCACUGAAAUCGGGGAGUCAGUAUAAUGACACGAUGGAGUGACCAACAAUGAUGGAUGAUGACAUCUAAGAAGGCAAAAACUGAAUUCUUUCUCAUGAAAAAGAAUAGCUUUACAUUUAUGAAUUUUUAAGCUUUUGAGUUUUUUAU